CUUUAUUUUGAAAGGAUUUGUCAUUAUUUUGACAUUCCCACCACGUUGAUUUGACUUCCUCCUUCAUGUGCGUUGCCUGAAGCUUUUUACCUUGCAGCGACACCCAGUGGCAAACAAUCGGGUCGUCUUUUGAAAAAUGUAGUUUUCUCCGAAAGUGAAGUACAUAACUAUGUCGAAACUUAGUUUGAUUUCGGUGCAUUGUAUGAAACGCACUUGAUUCACCUCAUUUUAAUGUUUAGGGCAAAUCACCUGAUAACAAAGCCUAUUUUGUAGCUUUCUCUUGUCCGACAUGCUCGCCAAAGUUUGGUCGACCUCGGAGCGCAGUUUUCGGCCUACGCUACUGUCGGUGACAAUGUGGUGGCAGGCUGCCUUCCCCAUAUCUGUGUCACCCUCAAUGGCUGCUGAUGAUUACAACCCUGUCUCCCUGCGACACAAGUCCAAGAAGAAGAGCCGAGGAGGCAAUGGUGCGAUGAGCAGGCGGCGGGUGUCAGUCAAAGAGCUGGGUCAGCCAGACCACCAGGGUUGGUUGUACAAGAAGAAAGAGAGCAAAGGCUUCCUGGGUAUGAAAUGGAAGAAGUUCUGGUUCGUCCUAAAGAAGACUGCAUUAUAUUGGUACACAAAUGCGCAGGCGGAGAAAGCCGAGGGCUACAUUGACCUCACCAACUUCAUGAUCGACCGAGCCAUCGAGUGCAAGAAGAAACAUGCAUUCAAAGCCUGCCACCCACAAGUCAUGAUGUUUUAUUUUGCUGCUGAGAACCAUGAAGAAAUGAACGUAUGGUUAAAUAAGCUCGGGCUUGCCUCCAUUCAUUAUGAGCCCACGGAACAAAACCCAGCAGCUGAAUGUUACAGUGAGGCUAGUGACCAUGAAGAAGCAGAAACCACAGACAUACCUCCGCCACCAUACUGUGAACAGACCCUGCGAGACUCCCUGGCACCAUCUGGUUCUCCUGGGAGUCCACAUCAAGGCACUCUUCCUCCACCGUACUCCUCGGCUGUCCCCAGUGAAGCAAACUGCUCGCAUUCCUCACCUCUCAGUACGAUGACAUCGCAGAGUUCGUCCGCCUCGUCUCUCUCCAAACAGCGUCAGUCUUGGUUGGACCUGGUCGCGCAGGUUUCUACUGCUCCCAUAGGCGAAGCGCCAGCGGUGCGCUCAGUCCAGGUGCACUUGCAUCAACCUCCGCCAGAGGAGGAGGAAGCGCCGGAGUGGUGGGCUCCUCUGGAGUUGGCUGGAACAGGGUCCGGUGAGGAAGGGGCGGCAAAGGAGGAUACUUCAGGUGUUGUGGAUCCAGGUGAUCACUGUAACAGCACUGACGAGAUGGAGAAGCUGUAUAUCCACCUAAAGGAGGCCAGCCUAUCGCCAAUAGGAGAUCGCAAACCAUCCACCAAACGGGAAUUCAGAGCCUCCUUUGUGAAACGCUGCAAAAACCACUCUGUUAAUGAGAAACUGCAUCUUAUCAGGACACUGAACAGCACAUUGAAGUCAAAACAGGCAGACCUACAGGCAUUAGAGCAGGUGCUGUCAGACCCUGAGCUGACCUCGGUCAGGUUCCGAGAGUGGAAGGAAUCCAAUGGGCCUUUGGUGCAAGAGAUCUGUGUCCCAAAUGACCAGCAGGUGGAGGCAGAGGCCUUCCAAGAUGGCGCUUCAGCCAUUGCUACUCCGGUGGCUGAGACCAGUUUAUAAAUGCUCCAUCUUAUGCUACUGACUUUGGGCGCUCUCUCUCUCUCUCUCUCUCUCUCUCUCUCUCUCUCUCUCUCUCUCUCUCUCUCUCUCACACACACACACGCACUCGCGCUCGCGCUCUGCUGUUGAAUUUUCAAAUGGGACUACUGUGGACUUGAAAGAUCUUCAACUAGAAAAUGGAUCUUCAAUGAAAACUGUUUUGUAUAUUCAGAAAUGGAAUCUGUGCAGCCAUUUUCUAACUCGUAGGUCACAUUACAAUGUGAAAUGCAUUCUAGUAUUAUUUUAGUAUUUGAUUUGUAAGAUUAGCAAACGUUGCAGGUGAUUGCUUUUACUUCUUUGUCGUUCGAGUUUCGUGUUGUAUGCUACAUUGCUUUUCACAUGGAAACACUUGGUCCUGUUUUGUUAUACGUUUGAUAUAUUUAGAUGGUGUCCGUACUGGAUAUGUUUUUAACAGCUUUCAGUCUCUUAUUGGUGCCAUGCACCUUCAAUGCCUGUUUCACCUUUUAAACAAACUAUUGAGAAGAAUCUCAUGAGCACGACAGUCUGCACGGACAGAGGAAUUGCCAUAAAUCAUGAGUGUUUUCACAUUUGUUUGAAAGAUUUUUGGAUGAUGUCAAGCAGAACUGUUUGUUCUACACUGUCAUUUAAAAGGCUGUUAUUACUUACAUAUUGACUUGUUUUCACUGCUGUAAAUUAAACCAAACCAAACAAAUGAAACGUGAAUACAGUAUUUUAAUCCCCACGGAACACUGGCAGUGGGAAACUUGGACCCUGCAUAGAACACUGGUGAACUACAAAUUUUAAUCAAAGCCUGCUGCAUGUGUCCCUCAGCAUAUAUUUGAUGCUUAUUAAAAAAUAUAUCUUUACCCUUUUUCCCGAGCACAUCAGGAGAAAGAGUGAGAGAUUAAGUUUGACCGAUAAAAUCUUGGGUAAUAGAUUUUACCAUGUGUUGUAAUAAACAUAUAUAUAAACAUAUGAAAACUUGAUGACCUCGAGAGAAAAAACAAGGAUUGAGAACCUGCAAAAUAUUCAUCAAGACAAUUUACUUGCAACUCUGAAAAUGCUAAAUUUGUAGACCAGUGCAAUUAUCACACAAAUCAUGUUGUGAAAUAGUGCAAGUCGCAAUCAAAAAUCAAUGACCUCGGAGUGCCCCAACCUUGGUCUAUCUCUCUCAAAAGCAAUGUCGGCUUUUGAGCCUCCUAAAAUUAAGACAUUGUUGGUGACUCUACAGUAUGUCUCUGGGUGACGUAUUUCAAUGUGUAUAAUGAAGCUCUCGAUGAUGAUGACCUCUUUUGUAACCAGGACAAUAAAACACGACUGUAAAAGUGAA